AUGAGCUUGUUAGAAUCAGAAAUCUUUGAUGAUUAAAAUGAACUAAGUAAAAAGAUAUAUAAGGACUUGGAAUCAAUUUUAGGAUGUGCCUUAGAAAUUGAUUGCUUAAUUGAAUACUUUCAAGGAUCACAACCAUAACUUGUUAAUAUGGGAUUAAAUAAAUUGUAUAAUCUCUUUAACCAUUCAAACUUAAUGCAUCUAGAAAUUAAAUAACAAUUGGAAAGUUAAAUUGGGAACAAACAAGCAGUUUUGGGAGUUAAAAAUGAAUCCAUUUAAAUCACUCUUGAAGUUUAGAAGUAAAUAAUUGAUAAACAAAUCCAAUAAACUUUAAACUUUCACAUUGAUAAGAACUUAGCAUAAUUCAAUAUACCUUUUUAAUUAGAAUUGAUUAAGCUAGAAUAAUUUAAUUAAUAUUCAAAGGAGUCACUUAAAGACUUAUUUCAUUCUGAUGAAUAAACCUAUCACUAAUUUAUACAAAGAAAGUCCAGUCUAAAAGAAUCAUCUUUUUUGAGAAGAUCACUUAGUCUUAAAGUUACAACAUCAAUUAAAUCAGUAAUUCUAGAAAAAAUUGAGUAAAUAUUUACCGUUAUUCAAUUUUUAGGUAUAGAAAAUAAACAAUGAUAAAUAAGCUUGAGCAUAGAUUUCCUAAAUUGGCUAGUUUUGAACCUAUUAUUCCAUAUAUUCUUGGACUCUUUAUCAAUAUUGAAAGUGAAGGUUUAUUUGGGGAUUUCUAGUCAGCAAAAGAUUAAUUAAAAUCUGUGCAUCACACAGUUUUUACAUUAUGUUUUAACAAUUUCUAGCAGAUCCUUUCAACUGAAUAUGUGAAGUUACUGGUGAAACUAGAUUUUUAAUAGUUUGUCUUGGGUAAUUUUAAAACAUCAUUUCAAAUUGAAUUUGAUAAAAUAAUAACAUAAUCUAAAUGGGUUGAAUCAGAUAAAUCAAUGAUUUAAUAACUAUUGUUUAGUUCGAAACUUAAUGGAUCAUUUUAAAUCGAAAAUCAAAAACUUGAUUAAUUAGGAUAGUUGAUAUAAACCUUUAAUUAAAAAAUCAUUCUUAUUUUUUAAUAAAUUAUUCCUCAUGAACAAGGAAAUUUUGAUAAUAAUUCAUAAAUUGUAGAUUAAUUAUUAUAAGAACUUGAAUAGGAAAAAAAUUAUAUCAUUAAAUCUUAAACAAUCAAUUAAGAGAUUAUUUUGGCAUUUAAGAAAAUCCUUUAAUAGAUUAUAAAAUUAUUAAAUAAAUUUUAAGUAAGUCUUCAUUCCAAAUUUGGAAUAAAAGCAUUAUAUUAAUUAAAGUUAAUUUUACAGGAUUCUAAUAAAAAAUUAAUAAAACAAAAACCAACUAAUGAAUACUAUUACAAAUGUGUGAGUGAAUUAGAAAAUAAAAUCUUGAGACUUUUUAAGAAAAAUAUAAUUUUUGCAUCUUCUGAAUUAAUUUCUUUAAUAAUUCAAUCAGUUGAUAAGCAUAAAGAAUUAGAAAAUGUUUUAUGUGAUUUGAAAUAUGGGAAUGCAACAUAAUAAGCUAUUUGUGAAAUUUCACAAAUUUAAGAUUUUAUCUCAAAUGAAUAAAUUAAAUAGUUUUUAUAAAAUGUUGUUGAUUAUUUGUAAGAUAAAAUAAAAAAGAAGGAUAUCAAUUUCAAUCUUGGUGAUUUAUAAUUAACAUUAGAGGAAGAAAUGAUUUUAAAAUGCAUAAAUAAUUAGCAUUUGAUAGAAUAUGUAAAAGAAAACAGAAAAUUUUUUAAAAUAAUUUCAAAUUAUAUAUUGGCUAACGAUCCUUUUACCAGUUUGACUUUAAGAUAAUACCAAUCUUUAUAAUCAGCAAUAGAAAUAUCAAUUUUGGCAAUUAAAUUUUGCAAAGAAUCAAGUUUAAAUGAAUUUCUAAGGCUUUUUUUCGAUUUUCAAAUUAAUCGAGAUUCACAAUAACUUAAAUUAUAAUCUUAAUUAAAUUAAUCUGAAUUAUAAGAAUGGAAAAACAUCUUAUAAUUAUUCGAAUGA